UAGCUCCUGAUGUGGACACUGUCAGAAGUCAAAACUACCUAACCCAUAAUUGGUGACAGUAUUUUGGGGCCCCUUAAACUCUUAGACUACGUAAACUCUAAAAAAUGGUACGUCAGGCUGAAGCCGAGGAAUUCCUCUUGAAACACCUUACGAAGAUAUCCAGUGACUUCAAGUGUGCAAUUGGCUUAAUAAUCGGGCAGGCAAAUGCCCACAAGUUUAAUGUGGUCCAUUUGGCAAGGACGCCGAUCUCCGAUAGCAACGAUGACCAAACGCCCCCAAAUCACAUUGCCAGUAUUGUUGAGGUGAAUCAGGCGUGGGUGGUUGAUCAUGCCAGGCAAACGCUUAGAAUGUUGUCUGGAGGCAUGUACGUGCUGGGAGUUUUCGUCGUUGGCGACGAGGAGAUUUUCAACCCAUUCCAUCCGAAAAUAAAGUCCAUUCUGACUGGCAUCAAUAAGACUCUUCAAGCGGACAAGUAUUUGUUUGGGGGCGAUUUCAGCGAGAAAUUGGUGCUGAGCUUCGCUCUCAAAAGCCAGCGCUGGGCAGCCAGAGCCUAUGACGUGGCCAGCGCCAACGUGCAGCCUGUUGAGUGGAAAUUUCUACCGAAAGCAACCAAAUUUAUUGUCUUCGAGUGCACUUAUCAAAUCCAGCAUGUUUAUCACCUGAAGACGGGCGAAGCCGAUGGGCCUUUGAAGAGCCAUGUUAAGGCGAUCCUAGACGACAUCGAGCACAAUCUGCAAUCAGCAGUCCUGCUGUUCGACAACGACCUGAAGGACGCGGAUGAGAAGCUGGAAAAUGUGGGCAAAAAGAAGAAAACUCCCAGGACUAAUUCCAGCAAGUCCGCUCCAGAGCAGGCCGAAGCCCCAGCUAAGCCUGUGGCUGUUUCAAUAUUCGAGAAAUGUUUGGCGCUCAAGCCCCUCAACUCGCUUCAUCAGGCAAAGUUUGAGGGCGACAUUCGAGUGGAAGGCGAAGUGAUCAGCAAGCUCUGGCUGAGCCCUAAGGGGACCUUUGGGGAGGCCAUGCAGGCUGUUAGGGAGGAUAUCAUGAGGAGUCUGGCCACGCGAAUGGAAUUACACUGGGACUCUUUGAUCGAGGAGGAGCUGCGAGAAGAUGUGAACAGCGUCCACGAGCCCCCCAGGAGGGCGCUGAUCGCUCUGCCCGACAGCAACGUUGGCGUGUCCGAUUACCUUUUUUCAGGCGAAGCCCCUGAAGAGGCCAAAUUUUCCUUGCAGGAACUGUUCGGUGUCCAGACAGACGACAGUUUAGAGGUGUUGGAUUUGGAGGCGCAAGCAGAUAUCGCCCUGCUAUAUGAUGCCAACGCUACUGCACAUGAAGCUGACCAAGUUGACUCAAAGAGCGCAUCGGAUUCCAGUAAGUUUAUGUAUAUUUUGGGCCUAGUUGCCGCCAUUAUCAUUUUAUUCGUGUCUAUCUUUGUUCAUUUUUAUCUAAAGUAUGUCUAGGGCCUUUUUUUAUAUUCAGCAAGUUCGGGGAAUAAAAAAUCGUUUUA